UAAAGAAAAAAUGUUCGGUUUUCAUCGAUUUUCAACGUUGUUUUUUGUUGUCGUUGUUUUCAUAUCCAUUUUUCAACUCCAUCCAUUCGAAACAAUGACAAUGUCGUCAACAUAUUCGACAAGAAUUAAAACCACAUGGAAUAAUGAAUCUAUUGCCGCCGAACAAUUUAUAUCAAUUUCUAUGCAUUAUUCAGGUGAAGAUUUGAUCAUAUUGAUUCAUGCUCCAUUCUACAAUGAUCCAGUAUUACCAGAUUGGUCAAAAAAACCUGGAACAUUUGAUAAACUUUAUGAAUAUGAAGUUGUUGAAUUGUUUCUAUUGAAUUCACAAAAUGAACAUUAUCUAGAAAUUGAACUUGCUCCUCGUGGUCAAUAUUUAUUACUGGAAUUGAAUGGCUAUCGUAAUGUAACACGAACACCGAUUUCAUUGAAAUCAUAUGAUGUAAAAAUUCAGCAUGACAAACAUUGGUCAGGUCGAGCAAUUGUUUCAAAUGAUGAUCUUCCUUAUGGUAUUGAUAAAUUUAAUGCAUACGCUAUUCAUGGUUCCGGUUCAAAUCGAACAUAUUUAUCAUUGUUUCCGGCUCCUCAUAAUAAUCCAAACUAUAGUGAACCGGAUUUUCAUCGACUUGAACUUUUUAAACCAAUUUCCUUGUUCCAUCCUUAUCAUUAACAUUCAUAGGUUCGAAAGGUUCAUUGAUUCAUUGAUUUUGCGACUAAAUUUUAUUUUAUUUUAUCUGAUUUUUUUUUUGUUAAAUUGUUGUUG